AUGGCAUCAGCCGAAGUGCCACCCUCGACAAUGGCGGGAAACUCGGGGGCCGAUCCCACCCCGCAGCCGGCAGGACCGCGCUGGAGACGGAUCUUUGGAAGAAAGUCGCAGACUGAGUCAGGGAGCGAGUCACACACCUAUCGCUCGAAAGCUACGCUGGGGAUCCUCAGCGAUAAGCAGACUGACGAAGUACCUGGAACGGUCCUUCUCCUUUCAUCGGAUCGCAAUGAACCCCUCGGAAUGCGACAUCAACCGGAGCGGAGGUCGACAUCGUCCCUCCCCUCAUCCCGCACUCCCUCCCGCUCCUCCUCUCGGUCUAUGGCGCCUCAGCAGAAAAGAACUCUGGACGGGAAGAUUGUGCUGAACCCCCAGCCGGACGACUCGGUCAAUGACCCCUUGAAUUGGCCCGUGUGGCAAAGAGACGCCGCACUGGUUUCCUUGGGGUUUUAUUGCCUGAUGGGAGGAGGCAUGACGCCUAUCCUAGCCGCAGGCUUUAAUGAGGUUGCAAACACCUACCAUGUAACCACUCAAAAAGUGGCCUUCACCACCGGCCUCUACAUGUUGGGUCUGGGUCUGGGCUCCGUGGUCAUGUCCCCAACCGCAAUUCUCUACGGGAAGCGGCCUGUCUAUCUGCUGGGAGCGACGCUUUUUGUCAUCUCCGCGGUGUGGUGCGCCGUAUCGCCCAACUAUGCGAGUCUGAUUAUUGCCCGCGUCUUCCAAGGGUUUGCCGUGAGCCCAGUGGAGUGUCUUCCCUCUGCUACCAUCGCCGAGAUUUAUUUUCUGCAUGAGAGAGCCUAUCGCGUUGGUAUCUACACGCUGCUGCUCCUGGGAGGGAAGAAUCUCAUCCCGUUAGUGAGCGCUGCCAUCAUUGGAAGCUUGGGGUGGCGCUGGGUUUUCUGGAUCGUGGCAAUUGUUGUGGGCGCGUGUUUGGUUUUGUUGUUCUUUUUUGUUCCAGAGACCUUCUGGGACCGGACCCCUCGGCCGCGGCGCUCGCACAAACGCCCCCAUAUUCAUCGCAGCGUGUCCGACCUGGUGUCUCAUGGAUUUCGCGGACGGCGCCCACAUAUGCAGAUCCCAAUCGAGCCUGAUGAUUCCCAGAAUGACCCGAUUCAGGCUGCGUCCCCGAAAAAACCUGGCCAAGAUGAAGUUGCGCUUGGGGUUGAAAGCCCCCCAGAUUGUGACCAAUUCGUGACGGAACCCUCGACUCCCGCUACAGAGAAACACGAUGUCUUCCUUCAAGUGCCCCCACAAGUGGUUGUUCCGUCGGCAAACCCAAACGAUCCGGAGGCUGCUCGCCAUACAGCUGUCUCACCAGCGCGCAGCGAGUCCCUCGAUCCUGGAAUGCCGCGAAGCGCCAACUUUCAAUAUACGAACCGGCUCCGCGAGCGCCCCAAGGUCCCGUACCUCCAACUGCUGAAAGUGUGGAAUGGGCGCAUCUCACGAGACAACUGGUUGCGGGUUGCCGUCCGACCCUUGAUUCUGUUCGCCUACCCGUCGGUCUUGUGGUCGACAGUAGUGUACUCGCUGUCUGUUGGCUGGUUGAUCGUGCUCUCGGAAUCCGUGGCGCACAUUUUCGAGGGCGGCGGAAGCUACAAUUUCACCGCGCUCCAGACCGGCUUGAUCUACAUCUCACCCUUCGUCGGCGGCUUGCUCGGCACCGCUGUCGCAGGCAAGGUGUCUGAUAUAGUUGCACAGUUCUUGACGCGUCGCAACGGCGGCGUCUACGAGCCGGAAUUUCGCUUGGUGAUGGCGAUUCCCAUCGCGUUGUCGACUACCAUCGGGCUGAUGGCCUUUGGGUGGAGUGCCGAGGAGAAGGACUCGUGGAUCGUGCCCACCAUCUUCUUUGGCAUGAUCUCGUUUGGCUGCUGUUUGGGCAGCACGACGGCCAUCACCUUCUGUGUGGAUAGUUACCGCCAAUAUGCCGGCGAAGCGCUAGUAACCUUGAACUUCAGCAAGAACGUGCUACAUGGCCUGAUAUUCUCUCUGUUUAUUGUGGAUUGGCUCGAAGCCGAUGGUUCUCGGACCGUGUUCCUGGCUAUCGGCGGCAUUCAGCUAGCCUUUAUGCUCAUGUCGAUCCCAAUGUAUAUAUUCGGCAAGCGCGCUCGCAUGUGGACGGUGCGCAAGCGGUUGAUGGAGCGGUUCUGA